AUGUCGUACUUCUUCGCGACGCCCGUCGACAUCGACGUCGUCCUGGAGGAUGCCGACGAGCGCGCAAUGGUCGACGUGAAGCUGGACAAGAACCGUCGUGAGAAGGCACCGCUGUACAUGGACGGCGAGUCGGUCAAGGGCGCCGUCACAGUCAGGCCAAAGGACGGCAAGCGCCUGGAGCAUACCGGCGUCAAGGUCCAGUUCAUAGGCACGAUAGAAAUGUUCUUCGAUCGCGGCAACCACUACGAAUUCCUCUCCCUGGUCCAAGAGCUCGCUGCGCCCGGCGAGCUCCAGCACCCCCAGACCUACGACUUCAACUUCAAGAACGUCGAGAAGCAGUACGAGUCCUACAACGGCAUCAAUGUCAAGCUGCGCUACUUUGUCCGCGUCACCGUCAGCCGGCGCAUGGCCGACGUCAUCCGCGAGAAGGACAUCUGGGUCUACUCGUACCGCAUCCCGCCCGAGAUGAACAGUAGCAUCAAGAUGGACGUCGGCAUCGAGGACUGCCUGCACAUCGAGUUCGAGUACUCCAAGAGCAAAUACCACCUAAAGGACGUCAUAGUCGGGAGGAUCUACUUCCUGCUGGUUCGGUUGAAGAUCAAGCACAUGGAGCUUAGCAUUAUCCGGAGGGAGACGACCGGUGCGGCGCCGAACCAGUACAACGAGAGCGAGACGCUGGUGCGCUUCGAGAUCAUGGACGGCUCGCCGUCAAGAGGAGAGACCAUCCCCAUCCGACUCUUCCUAGGCGGCUUCGACCUGACGCCAACAUUCCGCGACGUGAACAAGAAGUUCUCCACGAGAUACUAUUUGAGUCUGGUACUCAUUGACGAGGACGCCCGGAGAUAUUUCAAACAGUCCGAAAUAAUACUCUACCGCCAGGCUCCUGAACUGGCCAACGGCGGCAACGCUGAUGGCACGGCACUGCCGGCGCCGCCCCCAGAGAACGCGAGCAAGGUGGCGGCGGCUCACGCAUGA